AUGUCGAAUGAAAUCGGUACGGAUGUGAUACAAAAAACUCAGUCAAUGCUGGGGAAAAUAAUUAAAAAACCACCACUGACGGACAAGUUGCUUAUGAAGCCGCCAUUCCGGUUUUUGCACGAUGUAAUUAAGGCAGUGAUUAAGGAGACGGGGUUUCUUAAAGGAUUGUUCACCGAAAGUGAACUCAAUUCGGACAAUGUUAAGGAAAAAGAAGCCAAAGUUGCUUUUUUAAAUAAAUUAAUUACUGCUGUCAAGACUAUUACUGAAGCAGAAUUGGACGUGCGCGCAAGUAAAAUUGUGGCUGGAAUUGAACCAGUAAAAACAAAUAUGCUACUUCAAAGAAUUGCCUAUGCUGUGGAGAAAAAAAUGGAUAGUACCGAGUAUGUUAAAUCGGUUAAUGGCAAGUCCAAUGGAGAUAAAAAGAAGUUAACCAAAAGUCCAGAUGACAAAGAAGAAAAGGCUAAAAAAUCUAUCAAGAAAAAGAGUGAUUCAGAUAAAAAAUCUACAGAUAGAAAAGUAAAGAAGUCACCAUUGAGCACGCCAAAAUCGACAGAUAGGUCGAGCGUUUCUAAAGAGUCGAAAGUUAAAAAAAGUAAAAAGGCUGUUGACAAAGACAAGGAAGCAAAAUCAAAAACGUUAAAAAUAAAAACUGAACAAAUUAGUCCGGAGAUGAAAAUCAAUGAAUCCGAUAAGGUUGGAACGGAUGUACCAGACAAACCAGAAGAUACAGAGCGCGUAGAUAGUGUUCAGAGUAAAUCAUCUUCAGUGCCAGCAAAAGAAAUUAUUAAUAAAGAUGCAGAACAAAAUAAUAUAGAAUCUAAAGUUGAUGUGCCAGUCGUGGUCAAAAAGCCUGAAGAAGUUGAGGAACCAAAGGAAGUGCAAGGUAAGGACACUGAAGUGAAAAAACGACAAGGUAGUGCUGGUCUAAUCAGACCUAAAUCAGCAAGACCCAAAAGCGCUGAACGUGACAAUGUUGCAUCUGCAAAAGUGAGGAAAAUACAAGAGUCAUCCGCGCCUAUAGAAAUGAAAACAUCUGCGCCAUCGGUUCAGAGGCCUAAGACUUCAUUAAGACCUCCUAGUGUACGGCCAUCAAGCGCCCGACCUGGAGCGCCUCGCCUUCGACCAGAUACAUCAUUGCCAUCGGAAGAGGUCGUCACCAUGGGAACAAUAAAUGUGAUUGUGGAGAAUGUAGAUACGGAUACUAUUGACGAGGAAGAGACAACAGUAGUUAUACAGGCGGACGAUGAUCUUAUGGGAGAUGAACUGCCGCCUGCUUUAACUGAACUAAAGGUACCAGAUGAGAAUAAGGGUCAUUUGGUCGAGCAAAUACUGAAACAAAUCGAGGAGGAAGGCGAAGACACUAAGAACAAAGUUGAUAUUGAUUGGGAGGAAGAUGCCAACCGCGGUAAAGAUGUUGUAAAUAAAGAAAUAUUUCAACUACGUUCUCUAAUACAAAACUUAACGAAAACUGCUAAUCCUUUGGGAAAAUUAUUGAGUUAUCUACAUGAGGAUUUCGAUGCAAUGCAUAAUGAGUUGCAAGUGUGGACCAAUAUAAAAAAGGAAUUACGAAUCGAAAUUGAUAAACAGAAAAAAAUAACUGAUGAGUCAAACAAACCGUUGUAUGCACAUCUGGAACAUAUUCAGGAUGAAAUUAAAAAACAGGAAGAAGAAAUAUUAAAUCUAAGGGGUAUUAUUCUUAAAAAUGACAUGCGUAUUAAAGAUUUACUUACCAAAUAAAGUUAGAUACAACCUGGUGAGGGACAACGAAUGAGGGGUUUCUAACAUAAAUUUAUAAUUAUGUAACAUGAAGAAAUUAUUUUUAUCAACAGGGAAGAGCCCACAAUUUUCCUUCGGUGGUCCUAACCAGGAUAUACUUUUAUUUAUUUGUUAAAAAAUAGUUAUAUAUUUUUUUUUUCAGAAAGUUUUCAAGUUAGUUUUAAUCAGGUAUUAUUAUACUUAGUUAUAAUUUUAGAAUAUAGUUUUACAAAUUAAAGAAUGAAAAUAAAGUUUUUAGAAUGUGAAAACAUUUUUGUUAUACAUAUAGUUUUUAUAUACAAGUACAUAAAUAUAUUAUAGUAUACAACACUUUCUUUAAAUUUUGCCCAAGAAGAUUACUUUAAAUUUGAUCUUGAAUAUUUUGAGAAGGAUUAAUUUUUGAAUAAGUAUGCAUAAACUGCAUCUUUGGAAUCUAAACUUUGUUUUUAAACAUGGCCCAUUAGUAGGAUAUUCUAAAAUAAAAUAUACCAAUUUAAUAAAUCGUUUUUAAUAAUAAAUAUGUAUU